CUUUUCGGCAGCGGCUAAAUCUUCGCCAACAUGCCACUCGCAAAAGAUUUGUUGCACCCGACCCCAGAGGAGGAGAGGAGGAGGCACAAGAAGAAGCGUCUCGUGCAGAGCCCGAAUUCUUACUUCAUGGAUGUCAAGUGUCCAGGUUGCUAUAAGAUCACUACGGUAUUCAGCCAUGCACAAACAGUAGUGCUAUGUGUAGGCUGCUCCACUGUGCUGUGUCAGCCAACAGGAGGCAAGGCGCGUCUUACAGAAGGAUGCUCAUUCAGGAGGAAGCAGCACUAGUUUUUUCCCAUAAUGCCCCAGGAGGGAGGAUGAAAUGGAGCUGAGUCUGUGAUCUGCAGUGUUCUUUGCUCUAAACUCUGUUUAUCCAGAGGGGACAGCUUAACACACAACAUCAGGCACUUCCAUCGGAUGCCUCCACACCAAAAACAACAACAACAACUGGACCGCUCAACACAGCCUCUCUCAAUAAAACAUUUUGGUUAAAUAUGGAGA